AUCACAUUUCAUUCAUUGACAAUUCAUUUGUCAAAUGUCUACUUUAGAUUUUUUUGUAGGUACCGACCGUAUGUACCUACAUACCGUACCAUAUUAAUAGUUAUUUAUAGCCGUAUUGUUGAUGUAAAUAAACACAAACUAAUGAUUUGAUAAUAGUUAUUAGUGAUAUUUUAUUAAUUACGUGGAAAUAAAAACUUAUUAUGUCUAUCGUCUUUUAAAAUUCAAAACAUGUCUAUAAAUCUCUCUAUAUGCUUAAAACGUGCAAGUAAAAUAUAUCACGAAGGGGAAAUAAUCGCUGGCGUGGUGGUGGUGGAGAGCAGUAGCGAUGUGCGACAUGAGGGCCUUUCACUCACUAUGGAGGGAUGUGUCAACUUGCAGCUGAGCACCAAGAAUGUGGGCAUAUUUGAAGCUUUUUCAAAUAGCAUUAAGCCAAUAAAUUUAAUAAAUGUUACAGUUGAGCUAGCUCUCCCAGGUAAGAUCCCUGUAGGCAUCACAGAGAUUCCAUUUGAGAUGCCACUGCGGGCCCGUCAGGCUGUAUCUCCAGGAUAUCCUGGUCUACUGGAGACUUACCAUGGAGUGUUUGUUAAUAUAAUGUACACACUAAAGUGUAAUAUGAAGAGAUCAUUUCUCAAUAAGCCACUGUUCACCACUUGCCAGUUCUUUGUACAGUAUAGACAUCAAGAACGCCCAGUACAGAAGGGUGUGCGGUGCGAGAUGUCCGGUGCGUCGGUGCGCGCUGCGGGCACAGUGCCGCACUUCUCUGUGUUCGCAGAUCUCACCUCCACCGUCUGCGCGUUGGAUGCACCUGUCACUGGAAAGAUCAGAGUUGACGAGUGCUCGGUACCCAUCAAGUCCAUUGAACUACAAUUAGUGCGCGUUGAGACAUGCGGCUGCGCUGACGGCUACUCUAGGGAUGCAACCGAAAUCCAGAAUAUCCAGAUAGGGGAGGGAGACGUGGUGCGCGGCCGAGACAUCCCGCUGUACAUGGUGCUGCCGCGACUCUUCACUUGCCCCACCACCACCACGCUCAACUUUAAAAUAGAGUUUGAACUGAACAUCGCCGUGAUAUUUGAAGACGACUACUUGGUUACAGAAAAUUUUCCGAUAUUACUUCUAAGGUGCAAGUAGUUUGAAUAGAAAAUUUAAUAAAAUAUAUUGCGGUUUAUUAUUUAUAUAAACAA